AUGUGCUUGAAUAUACCGUGGAAUCCAUCCGACGCGUGGCAGUACUUGAGAGGCAUAGCCAAUGGAUCCCACGAUUGUCCUGAAACACCAUCAAGUGCCCAGAGGGCUCGGACAGCCUAUUUGCAAUUAUCGAAUACCACCCCGGCGGACACCGUUGAUCUUGAAGAGGCAUACACUGGUCUUAUGAAGUAUAGACUCGUCCAAAACGGUACUUUAGACGCUGAAACUGUGCUGUGCCUGGUUCAACUUUAUGCAAGCCGCUUCCACAGCUAUUUUCCAGUGGUCCCGAAAGGUAACUUCGACCCUCACACUCUAAAUGAAUUUGCGUCAGCUGAAAAGUACCUCUUCACCGCUGUCCUCACAAUUUCUUCGAAAUCUCUCGACAAUAUGCAACACAUCCACGAGAGCUGUUGCGAGUACAUGCGAGAACUUCUUUCCGAGAUUUCUUUUGGGGCAGAUUGUGAUAUCGAUGCAGUUGAAGCAUUGCUUCUUCUAGCUCAAUGGGAGCCUCCCGGCCUCCUUGCACGCGUUGGGUAUAUUGGAAACGGAGAGGAGGAUCGAGCUGCGUGGAUGCACGUUGGUCUUGCUUUGCGUGCGGCGCAAUUUCUAGGACUAGAGCGCGCAUUUGUUCCAGGUGAGUCUGCCGAGCCCUCUAAAAGAGGCUCUCGACAGAGGCUUACCUGGAUCGGCUGCUAUAUGUCGGAUAGAUUGUUGUCAACCCGCCUCGGGCGCUCAUUUUCGCCUAGCAGUCCUGGUAAUACCGUAGCUUCAGUUUAUCAUGAGUUUUCCGUACUCCAACCUACCAAUCCGGAAGAAGACGCCCAAGGAAAGACUUUUCAGGCACAUCUUGAGCUCAUUCAAAUGCACAGCAAUUUCCAUAUGUUUAGAAACUCGGAUAUCUGCACAACUGACCACGCGACAAUGGAUCAAGAUCAUUUGAAAUCUGUGGAGGAACUCUUGGUGGCCAUGUCGAAUUGGCACCGGAUUUGGGGUAUCCUAGCAUGUGAGGAAGUGAUGAUAACCUUUUGGACACCACGGUUUGCUGCUGAUUAUAAAACAGGUCCUAUACACCUAAAAGCAACACUUCAGAUGGCCUAUGAAUAUUUACGCUUUGACGUCAAUGCCUUAGCUGUCAAAUCUGAAAUGCGCCGAGCAAAGUCAUCUGACUUGUACGUUGGCUGCCAUGACGAUCAGGAUAUACCCAUCAACCAUUCAAACGGCACCCGUGACUUUCCUUUCAUGCAUGAUGCUAUUGAUGCCGCGAAAAUGUACUUGAAUAUUCUUGCAAAUUGUGUUGAUCCUGAAGAACACUUGAAGUUCAUGCCGUUAAGAUAUUACUUGUGA